GCGAUAUUACACUCGGUGACAGAUACAGAAAACCCCGCACAUACACCACUUCCGCCACUGUUCUUUCAUUGCUUGAAACGUGUUUCGAACGUUUUUGUUUUACAAAACUAUUUGAUCUAACGAAAUAAACAUGAGCAAAGCACACCCACCCGAGCUGAAAAAGUUUAUGGACAAGAAGCUAUCACUGAAGCUCAAUGGUGGCCGUCAUGUUCAGGGCAUCUUGCGAGGAUUUGAUCCCUUCAUGAAUCUGGUCGUGGAUGACUCUAUAGAAAUGGCUCCUGGGGGACAAAUGAACAAUGUUGGCAUGGUGGUGAUCAGAGGAAACAGUAUAAUCAUGUUGGAGGCUCUCGAACGAGUAUGAGGAUGAUGCUCACUUUUUUUUUCACUUUUUUUUUGUAUCCAGCAAAUAACAAAAUGGAUUUCUCCUGUCUGUUUACAACGAAGACUAAAAAUGAAAGCAGAAAUCCUUGACUUUUUUGAACAAUAUUUUGUAAACACCUUCCUUGUAUUAUGUAUUUUCCUUCGACUGUAGAAAUUUGUUUACACCAUUCAUACAUUUUUGUGAAUAAAUGACUACAGUGUGAUGAUUAA